AUGACUACGACGACCUUUGACUGGAGGGACUCCAAACCGUGCUGCACGCUCCGCUCGCACCGAGCCACUCCAUUGCAGCCGGUGCUCGAGGCACUGGGAAGAGAGGGAAACCACCAGCAGCCAAUUACCGGGAGGCCAGGCGUGUCCCACGGACAAGGCACCGACCGAGGCCGCCCGGCUCUACCGCAGCCCACCCUGGCGCAGAGAAACGUGAGCGGCAGCAGCCCCCCGCGGCCCUGCCCAAGAUGUAUGCAGUGUGAUACGAAAUUUGACUUCAUAACUAGAAAGCAUCACUGCCGAAGGUGCGGAAAGUGCUUCUGUGACAAGUGCUGCAGUAAAAAAGUGCCUCUGCCUCGCAUGUGCUUUGUGGACCCUGUGCGCCAGUGUGCUGAAUGUGCCCUCAUCUCUCAGAAAGAAACAGAGUUUUAUGACAAACAGCUUAAAGUGCUCAUGAAUGGUGCUACAUUCUUUGUAACUCUGGGAACAUCUGACAAAUCUGAGCUCAUGGUUUGUCGACUUUCCAAUAAUCAGAGAUACCUGAUUUUGGAUGGAGACAGCCACUAUGAAAUUGAAAUUAUACAGAUUUCAACUGUUCAGAUAAUUACAGAGGGAUUUACUCCUGGAGAAAAAGAUAUUCACACUUACACCAGCCUUCUGGAGAGCCAGCAUAUUACUGAAGGAGGUAACACUCGUGCCGUAGGUAUGAUUCUGCAGUAUAAGGUACCAGGAUCAGAGGAGCUAACGCAGAUGAAAUUUACAGCCAGUGAAGACUUCAGCUGUAACAAGAAGCUGUCAGCAAGCUGGCUGGCAGCUAUGCAUAAGGCAACAAAACUCCUUUAUGAGUCCCGGGACCAGUAAGAACAGCAAACUGUUGGCCACUUGAGGGAAGACACCAGCCGCCAUGGACCCGCCUCUCGCUUUUUGCUGUUCUUGACCCUUUCUCAUUCCAGUGUGGUUCAUUUAUGUAAGAACUGGCAAAUGCAACGCGAGUAUUUUUUUGAACCAUGAGUAUUCACUAUAGUGUGCAAUAUGUAUACAAUUAAUGCUUUAAACAGCCUCACCUUUUAAGACUUUGUAUAUUUUGUUAAGCCUUUAUUGGCACUUAAUAUGAAAGUGACCUGCACUACAGCUAAUGUACAGCACAACUUUUAUAGUAACAAUUAUAUAUACUGUUUGCUACAAAAAGCAAACAAAUGUGUUUGUCUCUUCUGCAGAGAAUAGCUUUUGGGUAUAGAUCUCAGGUUUUUCCCUCUAUCCAAAUGUUUAAAAUCAAUGUACAAUAAAAUCUGCCUUAGAUAUGCUUUUAUAGAAGUCACUUGAUUUUUUUUUAAACAUUUAAUUACUUUACCAAAUAUCACCAGAUUGGACUUACAUGAACAUGAUCUCAAAACUUUCCUUCUGUAAUAAAUAAGCUUCCAGAAUAACUUUUAGUUUUGUAUUUUUUUUGGUAACUAGCUUUUGUUAAUCUAACUGUAAUGCUAUCUGAAAUUGUAUACAAUUUAAUGUACAAAUAUGAAUAAAUUAAUUCACUUAUUUAAAAAAA